AUGGGAUCUUCUCACAAAUUGGCAAAAGCCAUAUCUUCUAUUGCUUCUCGUCUCUUCUUUCUUCUUAUCAUCUUUCAAGUCCCUCUCUUCAGGAUUCAAUGUCGAAGUGGAAUAUGCAUAACCCCGGUAGAAGUAACAUCAUCUCAACUAAUUGCGAGCGAAAUUUUGCCAGUUUCAUUUGUGAAGAUACUUCUUUACCCGGGUGCAAUUGUGAAUGCUGUCAUUAAGGGUAUAAGCAUCCCUAACUAUGGUGAUUUGCUGGAAAAUUAUAACCUUGUUUAUGUGAAAGAGGCUUCGGCACUUAUUGAUAUUAGGCAUCUUGAGGUUUGUUUUACUUUUAAAUUCCUUCAAAUCAUGCAAUUAAUGAUUUUAAGCAUAUACUAUAAGUCAACAAUAUUGCAUCUUAUAUUAACAGGUAGCUACUUGUGCGUGGCCGGAGCAAUACUAGGUCUGUUGAAGUGCGGCAGAUUAAGCUUAUUUGGGAUGUUGCUGCUUUUAUGGGGCUUGAUUAAGGAACUCAUAAGACAAAAUUCAUCUUGCUUAGAUGCUUGUCAAGCAGUACAAGUUUCUCCAAUCAUGUUAAUAGCUCUUUUUAUGGCAUUGUCGUCUAUAAAGAGUGAUGUAAGAGUAAUAAUAAGAAGCUUUCAAGCACAUCAUUCUGCAACAAUAGUUGUUGGUAAAUUGCAUGAUCAUGCAAAGAAAAUGAAGAAGGAAAGGGAGAUGAAAAGGCUUGAAUGGACUGUUAAUUAUGUUAGCAAUUCUAAAACUCCUAGGUCUACAAAAGUAGCACAAGGAGGAAUUAUUAAUACUCAUUAGUCACUAGUCAUUACUAUAUUCUGUAAUCUGUAGGACUUGUGCUAGUGUUAAUUCUUUUUUCCCAUUGUUUUUGGGUAUUAUUGUCAGAGUAGUGAAGCACAGCAC